GUUGGUUGGCGAUGUGCCCCUUUCGCCUGCCCGUCGCCCUGUUUGUCAUUUCAACAGGUGAGCAGCACCGCAAGAAACGCAGCACACAAUGCCUCCCUCCACCUCUUUCUUCCGUUCUUUGCCCCUCUCCUUCUCUCUUGCUCAAAUGUUGGUUGAUCAGUGUGGGAGUGUGGUGCGGCUCCCGCCCCAGCCACCCUCCACUCUGCACCCAGAGCGCUGGCCAAGCGACCCGAGGGCAAACUACCACCAAAAGCUGCUAACGGCAAGCACGAAUCACAUGUGAAUGGGGAAUGGUGACGUACACGCGUGUCUGUCAUACCAUAUCAGAGACGGUCCCGAGCUUCGAGAUCAGCGCCUCGCAGAUGGUCACAGGCAGCUACCUGCGUCUGCCCACCCCGAUGCGAGAGCAGCUGGCUCCCCUCCUCGACGACGGCAAGCUUACGGUUCCUGACGAGCUCGACCAAGUUGACACGGCUGUGCGCCUGGAAUUCCUCAAGAACCUAUGUGUUGAGAGGUGGCCUCAGCUGGUGGGGGAGGGCAUCACCGCAGACGAACUCAACGAAUACGGCAUUUUGGAGCAGAUCAUUGCCCUUGCCACACAACUGCUGCCUCCCUUGAUUGAACUCGGCCUGAGGCUUGUCGACUUGGAGCUCCUGCCGGCAGGCAUACAACAGGCGGUGUAUAUGAUUCUUAUCGUGGCAAGGGGUAUCUUCGGACGAGGGACGACAGAGGGCGAUGGAGCCAAGGAAGUCGAGCACACCUGAUGGACACUCCUCAUUGCCAGCCGAUGGUAUUUGUGUGGUUGGCUGAGAAGUUUUUGGAGCCUUUUAGUUGGAGGACAGAGGGCUGGCUGCACGGAUUUCAUGUGUGAGUGUGUGUGUGUGGUGUGUGCGUGUGUGUGCGUGUGUGUGCGUGUGGGCUUCUGUUUUCACCAGCGUCUUUAUUUGUUGAAGGUGCCAUCCGUGUCUGUAAGACGUGAUCGUGUCAUCACCACACUGAAAUGACUGUACACACAUGUGGAACGCACUCGCGGUUUCAUAUACGGCAUAUAUACGGUUGCCUAAGUACUAGUGCUUUAGUAAGUGGAUUGCCGUGUGUCGAACACGUGCGUGCGACCUUGGGUGUGUUUUUUCUUACAUGCCUGGAUGGAUGGCUGUGGCUGGCAAGUGGUGAUAUGACUGACCAAUGCGCAUCCUAUCUAUCCCAUCACAUGUGCCGGCCAAGGGUGGGUACGUUUGUCACAGACAUGAGUGUCUCAACGGUUGAAACAGCCAUAUGAUGUG